AUUUCCUUCAGCAACGGAUGAAUGGGGGAAAGAGGGGGAAAGAUCCAAGCUAGGGAAAGCUUCUUGGCAUCCAGUGGGAACGAUGAGAGAAGCCCCUCUUGCUCAUCCGGGACGUCUGCUUAACCGUAUGUUAGCUCGGAAGAAGCCCCAGUCACCUCUGUUGCUAACUGAGUGAGGCCCAUUCACCUUACAUGGCAAAUUAGUUUGGAGAUCUAAGAACUGAGACAAAGCCAAAGGCUGGGCAUUUGUUCUGACGUUUGGUGAGGAGGUGAGACGUCUCUGGGCAGACUGAACUCAGAUGAGGCUGUUCUGGGCCCAAGACAAGAUGGCCACCAAGGAGGGUACGCACUCCGGCUUUGGCCUGCGGUUCCAUGUGGAGCUUGAGCAAGGGGUCCACCAGCGGAUCAAACUGGAGGAAGAGGAGCCAUCAGAUUCCACGCUGGGGGAGGGUGUGGAGGAAGUCCCUCACAUCAUCCAGGCUGGGAGCAUUCGGGAAUUCUUGCAGAGGCCUCCUGGGAACCAUGAAACCAAUGAUGGCCUGCUUCAGCGUUGGGAAGCCCAAUGGCAGGAGUUUCUGAAGACCCUGGAAUACCCUCACUCGGAUUGGGAGACCUCACAGGUCUUGGAGGAACCCACCCCGUGGGACAACACUAAGGCCUUCCUGGCCUCCUUUGAGCAAGUGGCAGAAGCCUGCCAGUGGCCCCGAGAGGACUGGAUGGCCCGUCUUCUGCCGGCCCUCAGUGGGGAAGCUGAGCAGAUUUUCAGCAACCUGGAUACCAGAGACAGGGUUGACUAUGACAAGGUCAAGGCAGCCAUCUUGCGAGGGGAUGCCAUCACCAGGGAGAGGCAGCGCCAGAACUUCCGCCGCUUCUGUUACCAGGAGGCCGAGGGGCCGAGGGGCGUCUUCAACCGGCUCCAGAAGCUUUGCCACCGGUGGCUCAAGGUGGACAGACACACCAAGGAGCAGAUCCUGGAGCUGCUGAUCCUGGAGCAGUUCCUGGCCAUCCUGCCGCCGGAGAUGCAGAUCUGGGUCAGGGAACACGGGCCAGACACCUGUUCCCAGGCUGUGACCCUGGCCGAGGAUUUCCUGCAGAGAGCACAAGGCAAUGAGGAUUGGGAAGAGCAGGAGCUGGGACCAAUUGAGGAGGUCGCUCUGGAUUUCUCCGAAGGAGAAGACACCCCGUUGAACGAGGAGUGGAGGCAAGGUUUUAGGGAGGCUGAUGAGGAGGCUGACGAUGGAGACACCAGCUUGCUGGGUGAAGGAUGGAUGAGUGCCAACAAGGAAGAGACGCCCCAGUCUGACGGAUUUGAUCCAACACGCCCAAACAGGACACUGAAGAGGGGAAGAGUAGAAAGCAAAGUUUCCUGCUUUCGUGAGCAGGAAGAUGCUUCCAAGGGUUGGCACCGACCUGAGAGAAAAAAAGGAAAUCACCCACCAGAGAGAAAAAAAGGAAAUCACCCACCAGAGAGAGCAGAAACAUCUGUUGUUUGGGAGAGCGAUGAACCCCUUGAAAAAACCAGGGAAGAACAGAGAAUCCACACACCAACGAAGAAAGGCAUGUUCAAGGUUGAUGGAUGGAGUUUUAAGCAGAGAUCAGAUCUUAUUAAACGUGAGAGAACCGACACAGCGGAUCACCCCUAUAAAUGCUCUGAUGGCGGGAAAAACUUCAAGGUGAUCUCUCAUUACAUUUCUCGUAAAAGAAACCACAGAGGAAGGAAACUACACAGAUGCCCAGACUGUGGGAAAUCCUUUAUUGCCAAAGCACACCUUAUCAUUCAUCAGAGAACCCACACUGGAGAGAGGCCAUUUAAAUGCCUACCUUGUGGGAAAACAUUUGCCCAGAGUUCUAACCUUACUGUCCAUCAAAGAAUCCACACAGGAGUGAAGCCAUUCCAGUGCUGUGACUGUGGGAAAAGUUUCUGUUCCAGCACCAACCUUACGAAACAUCAGAACAUCCACAUCAAGGGGACCUCGUAUAAAUGCUUAGUUUGUGGGAAAAGCUUCAAGGUACACUCUCACUUUAUUGCCCAUAAGAAAAUACACACACAAAGGAAAUCGCAUAAAUGUUCAUACUGUGGGAAAUGUUUCCUUGCUGCAUCACACCUCAUUAUUCAUCAGCGAAUUCAUACUGGAGAGAGACCCUAUAAAUGCUUGGAAUGUGGCAAAUCCUUCAGUCAGAAUGCUCAUCUUACUGUACAUCAACGAACACACGAAAGAGUAAAAUCAUUCCAGUGUUCUGACUGUGGAGAAAGCUUCAGUUCCAGAAUAAACCUUAUCCAACAUCAAAGUAUUCACACUGGAGUAAGCCCUUAUAAGUGCUCUGAGUGUGGGAAAACCUUCAGGGUGAAUUCCCACCUUAUUGCUCAUAAGAGGAACCAUGCCACCAAGAAACCACAUAAGUGCUCAUACUGUGGGAAAUCCUUCUUUACCAAAUCAUACCUUAUCAUUCAUCAGAGAAUCCAUACUGGAGAAAGACCAUUUAAAUGCUUGGCUUGUGGGAGAUGUUUUAGCCAGAGUUCACACCUUAAUGUUCACAAACGAACCCACACAGGAGUGAAGCCAUUCCAGUGCUCUGACUGUAGGAAAAGUUUCACUUCUCAUGCAAACCUUAUUAAGCAUCAAAGCAUCCACGCAGGAGAAAGCCUACAUAUAUGCUCUGACUGUGGCAAAAGCUUCAAAGUGCAUUCUCACCUUAUUGCUCACAAAAGAAUCCAUGCUGCCAAGAAAACACAUAAGUGCUCAUACUGUGGGAAGUCCUUCUUUGCCAACUCAUACCUUAUCAUCCACCAGAGAAUCCACACUGGAGAGAGACCAUAUAAAUGUUUGGCCUGUGGGAAAAGUUUCACACAGAGCUCACACCUUACAGUUCAUCAAAAGACCCACACAGGGAAAAAGCUAUUCCAUUGCUCAGACUGUGGCAAAAACUUCAGGGUGAGCUCUCACCUUAUCGCACACAAGAGGAUCCAUGAAGCAAAGAAACCCCAUAAGUGUUCCUACUGCAGUAAAUCCUUCAUUUUCAAGUCCUACCUUAUCAUACAUGAGAGAAUGCACACAGGAGAGAGACCAUACAAAUGUUUGGCUUGUGGCAAAAGCUUUAGUCAGAGUUCACACCUUACAGUCCAUCAAAAAACUCAUGUGGGAAAGAAGCCAUUCCAAUGCUCUGAAUGUGGAAAAAGCUUUAGAGUGAGCUCUCAACUUAUCUCCCAUAAGAAAGUCCAUACAACAAAGAAACCACAUAACAACAACAAUAAUAAUAAAUGCUUGGAUUGUGGGAAAUCUUUCAUUUCUAAAUCAUACCUGAUCAUCCAUCAAAGAAUCCACACAGGAGAGAGACCCUACAAAUGUAUGGCCUGUGGAAAAUGCUUCAGCCAGAGUUCUCACCUGACUGUCCAUCAAAGAACCCACAAGGGAGAGAAGUUGUUCAAGUGCUCUGACUGUGGGGAAAGUUUUAGUUCCAGGAUGAAGCUUCUUAAGCAUCAGAGAAUCCACAUGAAGGGGAACCCAUUUAAAUGCUUGGACUGUGGGAAAUCCUUUGUCACCAAGUCACAGCUUGUGGUCCAUCAGAGAAGCCACACAGGGGAGAGGCCAUAUAAAUGUUUGGACUGUGGCAAAGGGUUCAGCCAGAGUUCAAACCUUAUUAGACAUCAGAGGAUUCACUCAGGGGAGAACCCCUAUAAAUGCUCAGAUUGUGGAAAAAGCUUCUGUUCAGGUGAGAAUCUUCUUAAGCAUCAGAGAAUCCACACUUAAAGAAACAAGAUCCUGUACUAUAUGUAGGCCAUAGAAGCAAACAACAAAUUGCAUUUUAUUAACCAUUAGAGGGGAAGAAAUAUCUAUAACAAAACACCACAAUGCUGCUCAGAAAGUUUCUGUCAUUACCCAACCAGAGAAGAGACAGCUGAUGUAAAUGUUUAGACAUGGAGAAAAUAUUUCAUGAGCGCUCAGUUCUUUCUGUACAUCAAAAAGCCCACAGCUGGAACUCAAACCCACAUCAGGUUUUGAACCCAAGUCCUGAUGGAUACAAGGGUAAUUCAGUGUAUGUACCAUCAUCUAGGGAGCUUCAGGGAAACCACCAGAACCAACAAGAAAGCCUCUGAAUGACAGGCAGAAUGGUAAUGUGGUGGUACUCCCUGACUUCUGUAUAAGCUUCCAGGUCAAACUCACUACCUGCUCUCAUUGUGAUAGACUACCUAGGCCUGUGUGUUGUACCCUCCUUUAUCAACCUGACAGGAGCAGAGUUUUAAUCUCAGACUGGUGGGAGAUGGGGGGAUGUACUGCCUUCAAGUCGAUUCCGACUUAUGGUGACCCUAUGAAGAUGGUUUUCAUGAGGCUGAGAGGCAGUGACUGGCCCAAGAUCACCCAGUGAGCUUCAUGGCUAUGUGGGGAUUCGAACUGUGGUCUCCCGGGUCAUAGUCCAACACCUUAACCACUACACCACACUGGCUCUCUCUAACAGCAAGAAUAGAUCUAUCUUAUUUCAGAUUUUGGCGUAGAUUAAAAGGAAUGGAAGAUUACCAAGAUUUGUUGGUUUGAGCUAUUAAGAUCCAGAGGCAGGGCAGAGCAGUGCCAAGAUAAGUUUGAGGUGUAAAACCAUUCCACUGAAGAAUAUUUAAACCUGAAUCAAGAGGCACUCAGGAAUUGAAUUUUUGACUAAGUCUCAAAGAUCUUGAAGUCUGUCUCAUAUACCACUUGGAAGAAGAACUUGUAAUAAUAUAAACUAAAUGUAAAUGGACUGCCUUGAAGUUGAUUCCAACUUAUGGUGACCCUAUGAAGAGGGUUUUCAUGGUAAGUGGUAUUCAGAGGGGGUUUACCAUUGUCUUCCUCUGAGGCUGAGAGGCAGUGACUGGCCCAAGGUCACCCAGUGAGCUUUAUGGCUAUGUGGGGAUUCGAACUCUGGUCUCCCAGGUCGUAGUCCAACACCUAGGAAGCUGCCUUUAUAUUAGGUUGGACUAUUAAUUCAUCUAGUCCAGAAUUUUCUGUUCUGAUUGGCAGCAUCUCCUUCCUGAUAUUUUUUAUUAAGCUGUGGAGUGAGCUGGGCCUAAACCCAAAGAAUGGGUUCUGCCACUGAGCUCUGGGAAAUCUUCUGCAACUUUUGAAAUUUUAACACAUGGAAAGGCCAUGCAGAAGAGAGACUUGCUUAGAUAUUAGAGAAUCCACACGGGAGAGAAGCCAUAUAAAUGCUUAGAUGGUUGCUAAAGCUCUUAGCUUUAAUGACCAUUGGAGUAUCUUCAUAACUGUGUGAAAUUGUUCCAGUGUUGUCUACUAGAUGUCAUAGGAUCUGCACAGGAGAGGGCACCUUUAUGCAGUAUGAGGAAACUAACUUUUUUUGUUAAAAAGGAAAGAAGGGGGGGAAAUGCAGGCUCCUGACCAGUUUAGGGCUUUUAACCUGUUUACAUACAUACAUACAUACAUACAUACAUAUAUAUGACCAAGUACCAACUGGUGAUUCCUUUCUGGCUGAGCAAACUGUUGCCAAAAGCAAGUCCUUGAUGAGCUGCUUCUUAAUGUCUGGAUUGUGAGACCUGUUUCUGGCCAUCUUCUGUGCUGGGAGUAUGCAGAGCUCUCUCGUUCCAUAGCUAAUGAUGGGGAAUCUUUACUUUCUCUGCUUUUGGUACCAUGUCCUGCAACCACCAUCCAGUCUCCUGCACGUGCUUGCCUCAAGGCAAGCAGAGCUUGCCUUGCAGAGACCAUCCACUAGCAAGUGGAUUUAUCAGGCUUCCUGUUAUGUGUGUUCUGGGUUUGCUCAGAUCCCCAUCUCUAUGGGGUGUGCAUUCUUUCACAGAGCAUAGUGCAUCAAAUGCCUGUAAUGAGUGUCAAAGAAAACCUGAGCAGAGAGCUGUUAUAGGAGAAAGAGCAUGGUUGCUUCCAAACCAGUGAUAAUUUCUGCAAAUGUGACUCCAUGGCUGACACUUGCCUUCUGCACUGCGACACCCCCCCUUCCCACAGAAUGGAUGUGGACAAGACUGUUUCUGCAUCUGUGGAAAAACCUUCCUGUAUGGGGGCUACUUUAAUUACAUUUUAAACAUUCCAUUUUAAAAAUGCCAGAGUUCUCAAGCACAUGAGUGCACAUAUGUAUCCAAGCAAACUUCUCUGUUAUUGUGAUUGACAUGCCCAGUUGUGAUGUCACAUGGGCACCAUCCAAUAAGGGAUCAGCAACAGUUUGCUUCAGCUCUCCCUCCUUCCCCCACUACAAACACAUGGGGCAGAGUGUUGCCUUGCUGGCUUUGUCACUUUCCCAACAUCUUCAGAAAAGAGACAACUUGACAUGCCUGAGUAUUAUGUCCCAUGAGCACCAUCCAAUCAGGUGCCAGUUACCAAACUCAUUCCUUCCUCUUCUGUAUAGCGAAUUGCUUCAUUUCACUAGCUACAGAGUUGCUAUUUUUUUCAGUAACUUUGGAAAAAAUUGUUACAAAUUGGCAGGGCUUACAGUCGCAAUUGCUGUCUGGAUCUUCCAUAUUGCUGAUUCUCCACAGGAGAAUCUUUUGUCUGGAAGUAUAUUUUUAUUCCUGUUGUGUUUCAAAGAUAAAACUCUUUCAGAAGGGCUGAGAUUUUGCAAGUCUUGUGCCCGCAUAAGGCUGAGAUGAACAGCUCAAAUGCUUCACUUUGACAAGCUCAUUGAUUAUCCAAGCUGCAUUAGAAUCUGAUCACGUCUGCAGGCUGCUGGGACCGGAAACAUAGGGUCAAAAAUAAUGGGAUGCUGAAGCUCAACAUCCAAAUCCAACCACAGAGCCAACAUUGUGUGCAGCCUUUUCCUUUAGCACAGGGUCUGCCCAGCCUGUACUCAAAGACCCCCAUGAGGGGAACGCCAACGUUCCUCUAGAUCAGGGGUAGAGAACGUCAGGCCUGGGGGCCAAAUGUGGCCCUCCAGGCCUCUGUUGGCCAUGUCCCCUCUUCACCCAGCAUCUCUCAUCAUCCCUGCUCCACUUCCUUGGGUGCUUUGCCUGGCUGGAAAGUGUUUUUGCAUUGUGAUGAUGCCACUUGCUUGCCUUGAUGGGAGGAUGCACGGACUGGUACAUGGACUACUAGUGGUCCAUGAGCUUCAUUCAGGGGGUCCGUGGCGUGUCUGGAUUUGUGAUUGAAGACAUGAGAUGGCACAUCAGUUGCAUGAAAUACGCAUAUUGAUUUCUAAUUGUAUUUUAAUUGAUUCUUUUUUAUAUAUAUGUAGAAUAUAAUACCAUGUAAGAAAUAAAA